AGUGUCAGCCGCACAGUUUCCACACGACCAGAGGCCAUGAGCACCACUCUUGCCUUAGCCACAGGCAGAGCACACCACCGCAUCUCCAUCCAUCCAUCCAAAUGGCAGAGCCAGCAGCCAUCCCCUUCCUCCACCUCGGCAGGUCCACACCUCCACCUGCCGCCAUCCUCGCAGCCCCUCACCAUGGCUGCCACGCUCUCCUCCGUGGCUGCCCCUUCCCUCCCCAAGCACGGCUCCAUCAUCAGAGCUCAGCAGCAGGCGCCUCCUUCCAUCAUCUCGGCAUCAACGACUCAGAAGACUGCCUUCCAUGGGGUGUCGCUGGUGGACAGGAGGUGGGCGGCCGCCGGCCACCGGAGAGGCGGCGGCGCGCGGCGGAGGCUGCUGCAGGUGAACGCGAGGACCGCCGCCAAGAACAUUGAGGUGGAGGUCGACAAGCCACUUGGGUUAGCCUUAGGCCAGAAGCCCGGCGGUGGCGUCGUCAUCACUUCUGUGGAAUCUGGAGGGAAUGCAGCAAGAGCUGGUCUGAAAGCCGGCGACCAGGUCUUGUACACAAGUAGCUUCUUUGGAGAUGAGCUGUGGCCUGCAGAUAAGCUUGGGUUCACCAAGACAGCCAUCCAAGCAAAGCCAGACUCCGUCUACUUUGUCGUGAGCAGGGGUGCCGAAGUUGAUGUGAAGCGCCUACCUAAGAGGCCGGCACCGCCUCGGUUUGGACGGAAGUUGACUGAUGCACAAAAGGAGAGAGCAACGCACAUCUGCCUUGAUUGUGGAUUCAUAUACUUCCUACCCAAGCCUUUUGAAGAACAGCCUGAUGAAUAUGGAUGCCCACAAUGCAAUGCGCCAAAGAAGCGAUUUGCAAAGUAUGAUGCUGCCACUGGGAAGGCCAUCGGCGGUGCGCUGCCGCCUAUUGCGGUGAUCAUAAGUUUUGUAAUCGGCAUCGCCGGAGUAGGGGCUCUGCUUGUGUAUGGCCUGCAAUAGGCUGCUCAUUCUUCAGAUCCAAAUUUUUGCUGUGCACAAGAAGCUCAGCUGACUGCUGCUGUACUCCAUCUCACAAAACAUUCUGAGUGAUAUACAUAAAAUCGAAAGGAAAUAUACAAUAUUUGAGGUUAA